CAAUCCCCAGCAGCUCAUAAAUAGAGACGCUCCGUCUCCUGUCUAACUUGAAGUCUUUUCUCUCCAACGACGUUGAGUUCCCAGCAACCUUCAGCCAUGAAGAUUCUCCACCUUCUCUUUGCUGUCUUCUUCCUGCUGCUGCAAAGCUCUCCAGGAUACACCCAGUUUGUCAGUGACCCCUACGCAUGCAGACGUGCAAGGGGCUUUUGCCGCUCUCGAUGCUAUCCCCAAUUUUUGACUAUUGGAACUUGCGGUUUUGCACAGAGCUGCUGUAAAAGGAGAAGGUUGGGGUACAGGGAUGGAAGACCCAUGUUCAGAAGCCAGACCCAUUUCCUUCCAGAGUCAGAUCAGGGAGUGAGCGAGGGCAGUGGAGAUAAUUAAUGCAGGAUCUCUGGGAAUCUGGCAGAGGACGCCUGGCUUCUAACGUCAUUGGACACUUUUCUUCUGGGCUGUAAAGAAUUUCGCACACCUAAAAAUUCACAAGAGAGACCUUGUGUCACCUCUAAUAGCUUCUUCUUCUCCUUUUAAUAAAA